UAACGGCUGAUUUAGUAUGAAGUUUGACAUGACUUUUUGUUCAUUAUCUAGAGUGCUGAGGCCUUGGCAAUGAACGGUUUAUCUCAAACAUUAUGCUUGGGGCUAGCAUCGCUUUCCAUUGGCAAAGAGCAGGUAAAAUACUCAAGGCGCAAACUGUUCGUACCAAUCUUUAGAUCCACAGUUUCUCAAAAAUAGAAUAGUUAUUUGUUACGCCAGUUGUUUUCCUAGUUUUCAGUGUUAUUGUGCCUAUAGUUUUAACCCAACUUUUGCUUCUAACAGAAGUAUUUCAUGUAACAGUAACACUCGAAUGCCGGAAGUAAUUUCAUGUACCAGUAACACUCGCAUUUGUUCAACAGUUAUAACACUACGUCUAUAAUUAGAAAGAUAGAUAGAAAACUUUAUCAAUGUGUCGGAGCCAUAUAGCUCGGGAAAAACCUCAUACUAAUUUGAUGACACAAUUUAUAAUUGGAAUUACGUAUACAAUAUAAAAGUAAAAAUGUUAAUACUACGCAUAAUUUAUUACAAUCUAAUAAGAAUCUUAUUUGAGUAAUAUUCGCUGGAAGACUGAGGAGAAUUCGCCAUAGUGAGCUCCUCUUGAAACCCCCUCAACUGGAGAAAUCGAUAUUUCAUUCUUAUUUGAAUGUAUGUUUAAGCGGAAACCACUUUAGUGCUUGAUAUUCUGGGGCGAAAUUCGCAAAGCCUACUUAAGUUAAGAUGUGUCCCAACUAUUUUUUAAUGAAAAUUGUCUAUUGCUAAGGAAUAAAAUACUCAGGAUAUGCUUUGUCUGAAGAGCUCAUUAAGGGGAGGUGCUAAUGUAAAGCUACACAGGUACGCGUCAACGCACCGGUUCAUUCAGCGCCAUUUUCCAUUUUACCUUACAGCCCCCUCAGAAUAUCACUGGCACCCAAUCCCAAGCCGCCCCAGGCCACUCGGAUACACGUCACCAAAGAAACUGGAAUCGAGUAUGGCAGCUUGCACUUGCCGUAAUGGGGUCAAUGUUGCGCACGCUUAGACACGGCUUUUUGAAGGAGGCCUUGGACUUUGCUGGUGUGCAUAGAGAAAGACUUGCAGAGGUCUGUAAACACAGUAUUGCCUUAAUGAUGGCCAUCCUCGGACAUGCCAGUCGACAUGAAAUAUUCACGAACGAAAUAACUGCAAGCAUAGAUCAUAUAAAGAACGGGAGAGCCUCUGGAAAACUUACUCUUACCGAAACAGUUCCAGAAGCAUUUGGAUUUCCCUGCUUCUGAUUGGUCACAAAAUAUUUUGUGGCCAAUCAAGAUCACGGAGGGUCGUGGGUUCAAAUCCCACCUGGGACUCGGAUUUUUUUCCGAGUCCUCCUCAAAUUAAUAUCAUGUUGUUGUUGUUUCAUCUUUAAUAUACAAUCAAGGUUUGUGCAUGGAAUUCAAAUCUUUCUGGAACUUGUGGUUUCCUGAGGCUCUCCCGUUCUACUUGUAAGCUUUGCAACGACUACGCCUCUCAUGGACUCCAAGAACGAUAACCAAUGCAUGAAAAAACGUUUUUUCUUUCUUUCAACAAUAAUGCAUGAUUAACUGGAAAACAGUAGCUUUUAAUGAUUGUUCACACUGUGAUUUUCGUUGUAGACUUUUAAAGCUUAAUGGCGUCUUGUAUUGCUAGCAGUGUCUCUUGAAAAGGAGACUGUUAGCUGGAAGUACCAGAAGUGAUAUAUGAAGCGUGAGAUGCAGUGUUUCAUCACCAGAUGAAACACCGAGAAAAGAGUUGAAAGGACGACGCGCAGCGGAGUAUUUUUAACCGAGUUCUUGGUGUUUCAUCUGGUGAUGAUACACUGUGUCGAAUGCUUGAUAUUACUUCGCAAACAAAAUGAUUUUAGAGAGAAAUUAAGUUUGCAAAAAUGAGUAGUUUUUCAUCUGAUUUCCAAACCUCUCUUUUCUAUUUUCUUUAUGAAUUAUUAAUGAGUUUGAGAAUGUUUCUGACCUUGUUGAAAUACUGGGAAGACUUUAUCAGUUCCUUAGAUGUGUUACACGGCUGAAUUUUACCAAAACCACCUACAGCUGCCAUUACGCAGAUAAUUGUAGAGUGGCCAUGGCUUUCAGCCAAGAGAAACAGCUCCCUGUCAUAUCCCUGGUGGGUAGAUGAACCUCCCAUCAGGUCCCCAGAGGGGAUACACAAUGAAGGAAUGACAACGUAGUUCGUUGUCUCUAAACGAUUUCGGCGUUAUUUGACUUGAUGAAAACGGUUUCAUAACUUGCCUUUAUUUUCUUAAACUGCAAUAGUUUUAAUUUCGUUCGUUAUAACUUUAUUAUACGACGGUACUUUCAUGUUUGUCUUAGAUUAGUUAUCUUUAAGUUGAAUUGUACAGCUAUUUCAAGGAAGUUUGUCUGAAAAAGAGCACGCGACAAUCCCGGAAGGUACUGUGGGUGUUUUUUAGUUCAAAAUUCUUCAAAGAAACUUGAAGAUGAAAAUGGCAUGAGAGGCCAUGGAUGUAUGUUUGCGAGUGCUUAAGGAAAGCAACAAACGCAGGUUCGACAGCUACAGUGUCAGGAACAUUGUACUGAUCAUAUCCCAUAUUACCUUUUGGGAUUAUCGCGUGCAUAUUGUUUCCGACAACCUUUCUCGAAAUAGCUGUAUACAACUUGUGCUCCUUCAUACUCAUUUGCCUCCCUUUGUAAUAAGCCAUUUCUGAAGACAGUUUCAAGAUGAGCCCACGGGCAAAACCCUCCGUGCAAAAAUGAGGUUUUAUGUGGUUAUGUGUUACUGAACAAUUAAUGAAUGAGGCUGAGUAUCUUAUGAAGAAUUAUGGAGAUCGAGGAGGGUGUUAUCCGUCGAGGCCGUAAUCCGAGGCAGAUAACACCCUCCGGGAUCUCCAUAAUUCUUCAUAUGAUACGAAAGCCGAAUUCAAUAAUUGUUUUAUUAUUCAUUCGAAAUAAUUCCUAGUAUAAAAACAUGGUUAAAACAUGCUUACCUCCAUCGAUCCAUCGAUGUUAAGUUCAUCUUCGAUAGUGCACGUUUAGGGUUUGUUCAGCGCCGCAAAUAUUCUCGAAAUAGAAGAUGUCGUCCUUCGAGUUGUCUUCUUGCUGUUCUUUCCAUGUUUUUAGCUAUUAUUUUGCCUAGUUCAUACUCUUGAAACGAGUGAAAUGUCCGCCAUUUUAUUUCUCACCCAACCAAAACAACUCAACCUCGUCCCCAGGUAUUCUCGGUUAACGAUGCAUUAAUUUGCAAAAAAUCUGCACUUUUGACGUCAUCGGUUCAUUAAACGCAAAAUUCUUCCAAAUUUGGUCAUCAGUAGCUGGUUAUGGUUAAUUAUGCGUGUGGUUUUAGCUAAUCAGAAUCGGGGAAAUAUUUUGAAUGGAUAGUAAAGACCUGCUCUAGCACAAUGGCUAUAAGACAACCCCAAGAAGCCUAUUCAUGAUCGUAUUUACGGUCUCAGUAUUUGUUUGCUUUUUACUUGGUUCCUUUUAUUCAAGAUUGUUCUUUCUUUUAGGCCAUGGAUAGCGUACGAAGGUCCCAGUCUUCAGACGUGUUGACCGAAGCCGAAGAAGUCAGCGGUUUCUUGUUGGAACUCGCACAUUUCUUUCGUGAAUGGAGGUUCACGCUUCCGGAUGUAUUGAUACUACUACAGGUAUUUUUUUUCGUCACUCUCUCCACUUUCGUUUAAGUGUGACUAAAAUAUGCUCUUGCGUAUGUAAGCUCCUAUGAAAAUAAGCUCUUAAAUUCGAAACGCCAAAAAGCCCCUCGCCUCCGAACAGAAGCCCCCGUGGGCUUUUAUUUGGGAUUAACCCUCAAACACAUAAUAACGCAUACCGUAUGGGGACUUUGGCGGCACGCCAAGACGUUAGAGUUCACGCCUUAGGUUUCUAUGGGUUUUGUAGCUACCUUAUAAACUGCGGUGUGAACUACGGUGUGAUCUAACGUAUAAACUAUCUUUCCGGAUGCAAAAUGACUUUAAUUUUGAGCGAUGUUUUAUAGUGUUAAUAAAAUCCUUUAUCUUUGUUUCCCGGGAACAAUGAUCUGUCGCCAUUUUUUGUCCCAACGCAAUUCUUUCUUUAACUUUAGGCGGAUAACAACUUCAUGAGUAGACGUUUUGAGACCUUAGACUACCUCAUAAUAAAAUAUGAGCUUUUGCACAACUACAACAACAUUUUGUUUCUAUAUUUGAACAUAAUAGAUAAUUCUGUUUCCGUCUGCCUUGCUCACUCAUUUCUCCAAUCUGGAUAAGUUUUUCACAGUAGUUUUUAAACCCAGUGAAAGUGAUACCUUGACUUGUAAGAUAGUACCCUUUACUUUUUCUUGCAGACUCGGCUAGGUGUUCUUUGUCAAAGUUGUGUUGCCCUUUUGACGCACCCAAGAUUGCUGGCUCAUUUACUGGAGGUAAGAGUUCGGCUAUUGUAAUGAAGACGAAUCUGAAUCUGAGGUGAAACAAAGGCGUUUUAUUCUAGAGCUGGGCUUCAUGUAGUUACGUUCCUCUUUCACUUUCGUUUCUUUCUUUCUAUUUUUUACGCUUGUGUUAGUGCUCUAAAGGCCCUGGAAGCGCCUCUUCCCGCGACAAGAUUCAGUCUCCAGAAGUUCCUUUGGCUUUAAGUGGAUCGUUUUCCAGAGAAAUGCUCAGAACGUACUCGUACGCUGAUGAUGAUUCAUUCAGGAACAGUCCUCAGGUGUCACAAACACAGUCCCAGUGAGUUAGAAGUUCAAUUCUGUUAUUCUGAAACUGCAGGUUUCAAUGGGCUCUUUGCAUGAUACGGUCACAUGGUACAAAAACACCCUGCUGGAUGGCAAACGAAGCAGUGAAGCAAGAAAAACCUAGAGGUUACAUUAUUCAAAGAAUCUAAAUAUCCUUUGGCCUGGACUGUCAUUAAGAGGCAGGGGCCAGGGAUUUGCCCCGGCUUCUAUGAACAUGGCCCCCGAUACUUUCAAAGGAAAAUAGAUGAAAAAUAUAGAACCAAACGAAACCCCUAGCUGUUUGUUUCUCUGCUUACUUAUUGUAUUUACCCGGCAACUUGAAAUCUUAGUGACAACCCUGCUUUCUUUUCAAGGCCCGUUCCGCGUCCCACUGCGUCCUUUGCGAACUAGUUAGGUGUUUUUUGUAUCAUGUGACCCGUACUCUGCAAAGAAUGUAUGGCUCUGUCUUCCUCACAGGUUUUAACGACCCGCUUAGGAGACCAUUGCGGCGGCAGUGGUUGAGUUUUGAUCUUUAUGCACGUUCUUUCAAACCUCUUUGCGAUUUUUUCCUUGUCACUCAAUUGACAAAUGUAGGAGAGUUUUCCUUGAUCUCACUUAAUUGUAAAGGGUCCUCCCUAAGUUAACAGAGAAAGACAAAGGUUGGUGAAUUAAGUGGGAGCUAAAAAAGGGUCCCUGUCCGUGCUCAGAGAGAUGCAGUAAAAUUUUUCACCUCGACGUUCACGUUGUCAAGACCCUAAAAUUCUUCCACUUCACGUCGUAGUUAUGCAAAGUACAACAGGGGAAUUAACAGAAAAGCGCCAUGCACGUGUGAAGUUGUUGUUUGCUCAAUAAACGUUUGGUUUUACGUUCCCGUUCCUGCCGUCUUCAUGGUCGUCUUAGGCUCCUAAUGUAUUAGAAAGGUGCCCUACCAACAACGGCUAACCUUGAACCGGAGGUUUUCUUUGUAAAAAGCGCACUGUACUUGAAAUUGUCGCAUUCAGCAAUCCCUACAGGAUAAAGUACCUUGAGAUGAUCUCAAGAAAGAUAUACCAGUGGUUCUUUUUGUUUUCUCAGGUUGUUAAAGAUUUUGUGCAACUCACUAGCGAUGUUACGGCAAUUCACCCCCGACAUAUGUAGAAUGCUGUUCGACCAGGUAAAUCGUUGAAUAGUUCUGUAUUCUUGAACAUUGCAUGAGUAUGGCAAAUCGCAUAUACUUUUGCAUUCAAAGAACUGCAAAAGUGUUGAGACGAUUUAAUACACAUUCUAGAAGCGCAGGGUUUCUUUUUGAGGUCUAGAAAAUCUAGCGUCUUGAAUUUGGCGUUCAUUGAGUUUAGUUAGCUAGGGCAGUUUAAAAAAAUAAUAAUGAUGAUGACGAUCAUGAUCGGAUCCUGAUCCUGAUAACGAUAAUGAUAGUAAUAAUAAUAACAACAGCAACAAUAAUAAUAACAAUAACACGAUAUGCUUUCUUUGGUCUUUCUGCAGGGUAUGGAUUUAGACGAGUUCCCUCCGUUGCUGUCACUUGGUUUCAGUUCCCCAACAGUGGAUCAUGAGGAACCUUUAUCGUUUGGUACUCUCCUGGCUUGUCUUAACAUGGCCCUCUCCAAUCUUGGCCCUGUGAGUUUCAUUGCCUUUCUUGUACAUCGCCUAACUUAAAAGAAGUUGGAUGACUUGCUACGUUAAUCAGUAUAUAUUUCGCGGGCUGUUUAUUACUCUCCCAUUCACAGUUUCCGAUUAUCGUGAACUGUUCCCAGCAUUAUUACGGUUUAUUGUUUGUGUAGUAAUUGUUUAUUAUUUUCCGAAGUUGAAAAUAUAAAUUUGAAUUGUUUGAAGAUUAGAGGGAGGUUAUUUUUGCUCCAGCAAAACGCCGAUAGUUGCCCAUGUAUGAUGUUUUAUCUCGUGUUAACAGGGCAUCUCUGUUCCAACAACGAAUUCCUCGAUUUCCAUGGCGUUUGCAGUUGUGCUAAUAGAUUAGUGCUGUAGAGUAGUGCCAAGUGCUAUAAUUGUUACAUUGUAACUGUUAACUGAUCUGACUUUUUCUACUGAGUUUACUAUUCUGAAAUAUAUUUCUUUUAUUUUUUUUUUUAAGCCUGACAUUAAGUCGCCUGUUAAAUCUCCCGUGAGGACAUUAUCGGAGUCAUUACCAAGGUAGGGAAAACUUCGCACUAUUUUUGAUCUUGACUUUGGACAUUCGCUUCGCACCGCCUCGCCGGCUGCGUAUAAUUCGCUUUUUACUUGCCUACCUCUAUGGGUUUUCUCCAAGGGCUUGUUCUUCUAACCCUUUAAGUCCUAAGAGUGAUCAGCAUCAAAUGCUUUGUAAAACAGAGUGGUUAUGAGAAUUACGGACUUGAUCACACAAGAUGAAUUUGCUUGAUAUUUUAUCAAUUUCUCCACACUAUUUCUGUAGGAAAUGAAUAAGGUCAACAAAUGAGAAUUCAAAUUUUGAUCUUUUUGUUUAAAGAGUUAACCGUAUUUCGGAAAAAGAAUAAAUGGAAUAAACUCUAGAAGUCACUUGUUUCGGCGUUCGUUGCUUUUCAGUAUCUAGAAAUCUCCUUAAAAUAAAAUAUCCGAUGUAUGUAGCGUUCAAAUGGUCCAAAAGUCACGAUAGAGGUGAUUUGUAAAAUAAACCUUUGCGUAUUGUUAUUCCGUAGUACAAUCAAUCGAACGUACCCUAAACAUAUCAACAUCCAGCCUCGCCACCUGCAAUACUUCAUUUUGACUGGAAUAUGCUGAAACACCAAGAACGGUUGGUGUGGCAAUCGUAUGGGAAUAUCCCAUCCUUUUUCACAGCCACUGUCGUGAAGAAUACAUUAAAAAUUUUUUUAAGGGAAAACAAAGGAAAUCUCUACCGUAGCGGUUAUUUGGACAUCGGAUCGUUAUUGCCAUACUGUUUUGCGAACCUUUGGCUUUGAGUUUUUGUGAGAUUAUGGUUCAUUUGAAAAGCUAUAUCAAACUCUUUAAUUAGUGUUUUAUCCGAUAUCUGGACACCUCGUCGUUGGUCUUUAAAACCUCUGCUGUGCUUCGUUAACCCACUUCUCGGUGUCUGGAUAUGUCGCUGGGAUGAAACACUGCGUUCCGUCUUUCUGACGAAUUUUGAUGCGCCUGUAGAAGAACCAUAUGUCUUCAUAAACGCCUUGAAUGUCGUUAACUGGAGAUUUCCUAUUGUGAAAUCCACGUAUAUAAGACGAGGUCAACCUUUUUUGUUUCUGCCAUUACAUAAAUCAACCCCGAUUAAAAGGUUGCUUACAAUUAACUUGUCCUAAGGAGAUAUUUCUAUCCUUGCAUCAAUUUGCCGGCAUUUCAGUGUCAGCCUCUCUCUCUUUCACUCUCUCUUCGCAUGCGUCAGGUCAGCCGCUUUCCUAAAAAGUGAAGGGGGAAAUGAUAUUCACUUGUAAUCGUGAAAUUCUUUUGGGCUAUACUGUCAAAGUAGUGCUGAACGAGCUCCUUACAUCGCCCUCAUAAGUCGCGAUCUUUGCGUGAGUGUUCACUUUCACUUGGUUCGUUUACCUUACUGUAGAUAUCUUCUGAUGUUCACCAUGGAGAAUGCGCUGGUUGUCGCUCUUUCUCAAGCGUGUCGGUACUUACGGGAUCCAACGCUCGACCCGCGGGUUAAACAGUUUCUUAAGAGAGAGCUCGGCAGUGAACUGGUAAGCCUUCAGUUAUGAACUUAAAUUUGUGAGGUUAAUGGUUGAUUCAUUGAACACUGAUUAAAUCCUUUUAGCAAUAUAUGAACCUUUUGUAAGACUAGGCCGGUAAAAGAAAAAAACAGUGAGCGAUAGCAGAUAUCGAACCCGGUACCUUUUGCUCCGAGGGUUCUGCGUUUACCCUGUGUGCUACGAAAACAAUCGAGCAUUUUCACAUGACGCGGCCAUGUUGUUGUUCCAAACUAAUCCUGUGGGAAUUGAACUCUUUUCUUGUGGAAACGCUUUCUUUUGUUCCAAUAAAUUUGCAUAGUUGCUGGACACCUGAGUAAAAACGCUCUAUAGAAAUGACCUUACGGACGGACUAACACAGGUGUUGACAUAGCACAUUACAAAGAAAUUACUGUAGAGACUUUAAUCUAGCAACCUUAAGAGCAUUAAAGGAGCUUUGUUAGGGCUGUCUGGAUUAUUUUGUCAAAAUAAUAUAAAUAACAAUUCCUUUUUUCGCUAUGAAAAUUGUGAAGUUGCUAGUGAAUGGUUAGAUUAUUAUUUUUUAAUAACAUCAAUAACACGUCCUUUUUUCGCUAUGAAAAUUUUGAAAUCACUUGUGAAUGACAAAAUUACAGCUUCGUGUCACACAAAUUUGUCUCCCACGCAUCAUUUUAAAUGUUACAAAUAACAAAGAUGAACUUUGAAAAACUAUUUGCCUAGCAAGUUUUCAAAAACCACAGUUGCAAUAGAGAGGAGAAGUCGUUGCGUCACGUUGCCAUGGUAGCAAAACUUCUGGAUGACAACAAACUGAAAACGUCACUUAAAGAGUGAAUUUGCACUGCUUCAAACUUUAUCGAUCUUAUCCAGUUUCAUUUAGUUUUUCAAAUGUUGGUGAAAUUUUACAAAAUUUUUGUGUUGUGUUCACCAACUCCAUAAAGCGGGCGCGUGAAAUAGUGGGAAGUUUCAUGUAGCAGUCGUGCAAUGACGGCUAAGAAAUGUAUAAAAGAGCGUGAUGCACGUGCAAAGUUGUUGUUUUGUUAAUGUAAGACUAUUGCGUUUUUUGCCGUUCUCUUAGCCGUCGCCGUCGUCGUUGCUUAAACUAGGGACCUUACGAAACUACGACGGCGAAGGCAACGAAAACGUCGAAGAGCAACUGGUUAAGAUUAGCAAAACAACAACUCUGCACCUGCAUCACGCUUUUUUGUACAUUUCUCAGCCGUCCCUACACAACCACGAUGUGAAAUGACCAAAUCAGUUGAAGUUUACUUGGGAACGGGAACGGCAAGGCGAUAAAUUCUACCAUCUCUGUUUGAACGCGGGUGCGCUCCCUUCUCUUUAGCUCCAACCCAAAUUCCCUUCCUUUAAGUAACCGGUCCCCUAGGGAUAAUCGCGAAAAAAAAAAUGAAAGGAUGCGAAGUCUUUUUUCAGCGACGUUUUCACGAACGUCGCCGUUGUAGGAUCGUAAGGUCCCUACUCCCUAUUCUUGUGAUCCAGAAAUUUUGCUACCAUUGUAAGGUGACGUCACACUUCUGUCUAUUCGUCUCAAUCCUCUUCAAUUUUCUCCAUCCGUGCCUCCUUUUGCAUUUAAUGUAUUAUUUAUAUCAUUUUUUAACCUUUUGAGCUGUUAUUUUUAUGUUUCACUCAGUUUGUUAGUAGUUCCCACUGACUGAAUUUUGAUAAAUUUCGUGACAUAGCCUUUUUUACCAUCUGGCUCAAUUGCGCAUACCUUGCCUCACCAUACCUACCAAAAGAAAAUCGGAGCAAUUUAGGUGUCUGGGAAAGUGCCCACCUACCCCUUCCCUAACCCAACAUUUUGCCCUAAGUGGGAAGUAAGUAUUAAUGUUGACUUGGGGGAGGGGUAGGUGGGCAGUUUCCUAGAAGCCUAAAUUGAUCCAGAAAAUCAACUACCCAAAAGAUCCGUGAAGAUCAAGCCCAGUUUUUCUUUUGUGUUAGAUAAUUUCUACCGCAAAGCUCAAACACCCUUGUUGAAUGCGGGCGAAAUGGGUGAAUGCCUCACUUGUUUUUGGCAAUCCAGCUAUUUGCGUUGGCAGUUCGAGCGACACAACAUUCACUAUUCUUCUCUGUCUGGUGAAAAAUAAAAAUAUCUAACCUUCACUUCUUUUAGGGUAACUUUCUCGGUGGUCUGUUUCGUCAUUUUGUUCGCCGUGGACUACCCCCCUCCCCCGCGGGAUCAGCACAGACAAGCCCCAGUAGUGCAGCCAGGAGAACUCCGACUAAAUCAUUGGCUUUUACUGAGGCGCCCGAACAAAAGUUCUUUAAACUGGCAGACAACUUUGUCAAGCAAGUCUUGAGAUAGGAGCUGAUUGUGGCUGUCACGCCAGUGGAUAGUCUCGAAGACACUUGUGGCAAUUCUGCGCAAAAGGCUACCAACGUCACAAGGCAGAAAAUCUUCAGGCUGGUACCUUUUCAGUGUAGAGGUCCAUAGCAAAGUUGGUACUUCAUUUCUGUCGUUUACGACCGUUUCUUUGGACCUUACAAACAUCUAUUUCACAAAACGGGGCCUCAUAACAAGACAGAUACUAAAAAUGUAUUCGCACAUGUACUUAUCUUAUUUCAUAGGUUAUAAUAUUUGGAAACGAACUCGCGGUUUAGCUUUGUCUUUCUGGCCAAUGUGCAACCUCAAGGUUUGGUCUUAAAUAACUUUCCGUUUAGACAGUUUUUGCUGUAUAUACACCUCUUUUUCGUAAGAAUAUGUCAUAUUUUGCGAUUUCCUAGUUCAAUCAAGAUUGUCUGGCUAAAUAAGUGGUGAAAAGAUGAAGU